AUUCCCUAAUCAUAACACGACAUCAACACAACAGUUUUCCUCAGUUUUCCUGGGAUAAUCGGGAUAAGCAGGAAACUUAGCAUGGGAAAAGUCAGUGAAUGGAAAGCGUCCUACUACUGUAACAGCACCAGAACGUGGGUUUAUGGUCACCUUAUUAUUUACACACGAUGCAUACGUUUUAUCGAAGACAAAGAGGGAACAGAUUGCCUCGAUUUUCGAAUCUACUACGAAAACUUUUUCAAGCUGAAGAAGGAAACAACAUCAGUGUUUUUCGCAGCCAUCACAAUCCGCGUGCGGACAGACAAAUACUGGUUUUCGUCGUUGUUUGAUAGUGGUCACGUUUUCAACAUGAUCGAACAUUUUUGGAAGGAAAGGCUUUUUGCAAGCUCUACCAGUGAUACACCUUGCAAUUCAGAACUUCUCAAUAUCUUGCAUGAUGCUCAAAACACUCUGACAUCAACUGGUAGGACAAUACAGAGACAGGGACAACAGAUAGACUCUGCCUGUGCAAACAUGAACAAGAUUCAUAAUGAUCUUGGUGUUGCCGAAACUUUAAUUUACAAUCUAGAUUCAUGGCUUAGCAAGUGGAAUCUGGAAACUCCUCAAGUACAUAUAGAUGUCCCAGAGGACAACAUGCCCAUAGAAAAGACAGAAUACCCUAUAGUGUAUGCAAGGACCCAUAAAGAGAAACAUUUUCCUGGUACUUUAAUGCUGUCAAAUAAAUCCCUGGAGAUUUUUGAUGUUGGAUGGAGUCUUGAUAUUUCCUUUACUGUGAAGGAAAUUACAGAAGUGAGUGUUCAUACCCCUUGGGAAAUGACAAUAUUGCAGCAGUCAAUAGGAAAAGCUGAUAGCUCUGUGCAUCUAACAGCAGCUCGCUUGGUUCAUAUUCUACAAACUCUCCAGGUUGUUUUUCCAGGAGAAAUAAAUUACGAUGAACCUCCUGAUGACGCUGGUGAUCAGGACCUAGAUUCAGAGAUGUUUUAUUUGCAAGAAGGUGACAAGAGUGAGGAAGACUCAAUUGGAGUUCAAACCAGGGAAAAAGAUUCCAAGAUGGUUACUGAUGCUGAGGCAGCAGAGAUGGGCCAAGUCCUACAGGACAUGAGGUCUCUGGCUCUGGGCAUACAAGAGGAACAAGACAGACAACUCCAACAGCUGGACCUUCUGUCUGAUUCAGUUGACAAAGCCAAUGAGAGAAUCAGAACUGAUGUGCUCAAAAUCAAUGAACUCACUUAAUUUGGAAAGUAACUUUAAAAAAAGCAGGCUCUUUGAGGGACCCUACUUGUCACAUUGUAUAAAUUAAAAUAAUCCGAAAAAAAAUUUGGAGACAAUUUUAGAGCUCUUUAGUGUUGCCUUUUCAUAGAAUAAGAGUUUAAAAUAACUAUUGGCUUGACUAGACAGAACACUCCAAAAGAGAUACCGUAACUGUGUAGCAAAAAAGAUUAACUCCCGGAGAGUAAGCGUCUUAUUUCUCUCCAAAGAAUCACAAACAAAUCAAACAGUUAGUGAUGAGAAUAUGAGAAAUGAUAAACUAAUGAAGCUCUUGAUCAUUAAACAAAUUCUCCUUGUCAGUACCAUCAUGAAUGUAAAGACUACACUGAGGAGAAUAUGUAUACUAUUAAAUUUUGUCUCAAGUUUUUGCACACUGA